UAUAUUCUCCUACCUCCACUGAAAACCAGAGAGGUGUGUGUGCUCCUCUUUGCACUGAGGGAGAAGCAGAAAAAAGUGAAGAGAGAAAACUUGUGCUUUGCCUCUUUUCUUCAUCCAAUCUCUUUCUCUCUCUCUUUCUCUCUCUCUAAGUAUACAUAACUCUUUAUAUUUACAUAUAUCCCUUAAACCCCAAGAGCUCCACUCUCUAAUAAUUCUCAUUUUCUUGAAAAAUCCCAGUUCAAAUUCAUCCAAGAUCCAGCCAAAAAUCUUUUCUUGUGUGUUUUUUGCUGAAGGAUAAUAAAAGGAAGGGGAUUUAGGAAAAACCCCUUAAAAAUUCAGUUUUUGUGUGUGUGUGUGUGUGAGAGAGAGAGAGAGAGAGAGAUUUAGGAGAACCCCAUAAAAAAAUUCAAUCUUUUUCUCUUUCUGAGUGUGUGUAGAAAUGGCUGAAGUGAAAGGAAAGAAGAAGAGGCUGUCAAUAAAUCUUUCCCUUUUUACCCUAACUGAUCACAACAGCAACAAAUCUCCUAAGAAAUUUGAGGACCCAAAUGGUGCUGUUGUUGGGCUUGGAAUUGUGGCAGCUAUGACUAAUAACAGCAGUAAUAGUAGAGCUGCAAUUCUUGCAAUAUCUCCAAGAUCAACUACUUCAAACCCAAUCCCAAUUUUUACUGCUAAUAAUAAUAAUAAACCUAAGAAGAAGAAGAAGAGUAAGAGGCCUAGUAUUGAAGAAAUGGAGAUGUGUGAGGAGUACACUUGUGUGAUUUCUCAUGUGGGUACCAAUUUGAUUAAGAAAAGAGAGUAUUUUGAUGGUGAAUUCAUAGGAAACACCAACUCCCAAAAAGCUGCUGCUGCUGUCAAUCAUGGUGAAUUUAGGACAGCUGAUUUCUUGAAUUCUUGCUUUCUUUGCAAGAAGCAGCUUCAGGGCUUGGAUAUUUUCAUGUACAGAGGGGAGAAGGCAUUUUGUAGUGCGGAGUGUCGUUGCACACAAAUAUCGAUCGAUGAACACAAAGAGAAAUGUGGUUCUGGAGCCAUGAAAUCGCUUAGCGACUACUCUGUCUCUCCUUGCUCUGGUGCAAUGCAGUUUUUCACUGGCGUGGCCGUGGCAUAACAACUCAAAAUUGUAUGGUACCUUCAACUUUACAUAAAUAAAUAAAAGGGGCGAUAUAUAUAGGUUUCGAAUAAAAAUUGGUACCCACCGGCUUAAGAAAGAUGUUAGAUUUUUAUGUUAAGGACAUUCUGAGCAUGCAAUCUCUGCAACUCGAAGAGUAGGAAAAAACAUUAUGGGAAAAGCAUGUAAUGAAGUUUGUUAGAAACUACUUAGUGAAGAGGGUAAUCUGCCAAAAGACUCAUGUAAAUUCCAAAUGUUACAUUUUAAAUAGUAUAUUAUGAAGUUGGAAUACAAUAACCUACUUAUUAGUUUCAAUUCUCAA